AGGGACGGAGAGGUUAGCCAGUUCAGAGGCUCAAGCCAGCCUGUCACACUGGGGGACAGCCAGGGAGCCCCAUGGAGAAGGAGGGUGGCUCCUCGUGGGCCAUGGGGCUGCUGAAAACCUUUGACUCCAAUGAGUUCGUCAGCUGGGAGAAGAUUGGCUCCGGUGGCUUCGGCCAGGUUUACAAGGUCCGCCACAUCCACUGGAAAACAUGGCUCGCUAUCAAGUGCUCGCCCAGCCUGCAUGUGGAUGAGAAAGAACGUAUGGAACUGUUGGAAGAAGCCAAGAAAAUGGAAAUGGCAAAGUUUCGCUACAUUCUCCCAGUUUAUGGCAUCUGUAAGGAACCAGUGGGGUUGGUCAUGGAAUAUAUGGAGACGGGGUCAUUGGAGAAGCUCCUGGCUUCAGAACCAUUGCCUUGGAAACUGCGCUUCAGAAUCAUCCACGAGACAGCUGUGGGCAUGAACUUUCUUCAUUGUAUGUCCCCACCCCUGCUACAUCUGGAUCUCAAGCCUGCAAACAUAUUACUUGAUGCCCAUUAUCAUGUUAAGAUUUCUGACUUUGGAUUAGCCAAGUGCAAUGGACUUUCUCAUUCUCACAAUCUCAGCAUAGAUGGACUUUGUGGCACUAUUGCCUACUUGCCUCCCGAACGCAUUAAAGAGAAGACCAGAUAUUUUGACACCAAGCAUGAUGUCUACAGUUUUUCCAUUGUUAUUUGGGGAGUCCUCACACAGAAGAAACCUUUUUCAGAAGAAAAGAACAUUCUGCAUAUUAUGGUGAAAGUAGUUAAUGGUCACCGUCCAGAACUGCCAGUUCUCUCCAAAUCUAGCCCUCGGGCCUGUAAUCAUUUGAUCAAACUGAUGCAGAGGUGCUGGCAGGAUGACCCUAGCAAGAGACCAACAUUUCAAGAAAUCACUUCUGAGACAGAAGAUCUUUAUGAAAAACCAGAACAUGAAAAUAAGGAGAUGAUGGUUGAGGAUGAUGCAAAAAACACUCAGGUGUUGUUCUCCAAGGAGAUGUCUGUGUUACGCCAGCUAAAACAAGAGUCUGAUCCCACGUCAGUGAAGGAUUUUAGUCUCUCAGAGUUGUUGUCCCAGCUUGAUUCAGGAAUUGCCCAGACAGGAGAGCCUGAAGAGCUGAGCCGCAGUGCUUCUGAGUCUAGGCUUGCAUCCAGCGACAAGAGGCUUUCUGGAGUGUCUUCUGUGGACUCUGCAUUUUCAUCACGAGGAUCCCUGUCACUGUCAUUUGAGAGAGAGAUUUCUGGAAGUGAUAUUGGCACAACUGAUAUCCAAAAGAGAAAGCUGGCAGAGGCAAUCAUAUCUGGGGACACAGGCAAACUGAUGAAGAUCCUUCAGCCUCAGGAUGUCGACCUUGUUUUAGAUGGGAACUCUAGCCUUCUGCAUCUGGCAGUUGAGUCAGGCCAAGAAGAAUGUGUCAAGUGGCUUCUCUUGUAUAACGCAAACCCCAAUCUGACCAACAAGAGAGGCUCUACCCCCCUUCAUGCAGCUAUAGAGAGAAAGAAUAAAAGCAUUGUGGAGCUGCUUCUGGCAAGGAAAAUCAAUGUGAAUGCAAAAGACGAGGACCAGUGGACAGCCCUUCACUUUGCUGCCCAGAAUGGUGAUGAGUUUAGCACAAGGAUGCUGCUUGAGAAGAAUUCUUUGCUGAAUGAAGUGGACUUUGAAGGGAGAGCUCCGAUCCACAUUGCCUGCCAGCAUGGUCAAGAGAACAUUGUGCGCAUCUUUCUGAGAAAAGGGGUUGACAUAGAUGUGAAAGGGAAGGAUAACUGGGUGCCUCUGCAUUAUGCUGCCUGGCAGGGUCACCUGCCUAUUGUAAAACUUCUGGCCAAGCAGCCAGGGGUAAACGUGAAUGCACAGACACUGGAUGGAAGAACCCCACUGCACCUGGCAGCUCAGAGAGGGCAUUACAGAGUGGCCCGUAUACUUGUAGAGCUGCAGUCUGGUGUCAAUAUCAGGAACGUGUUUCUUCACACUGCUCUCCACAUAGCUGCUGAAACUGGUCACACCAGUACUUCCAGGCUGCUUCUCAACCGAGGAGCAGAUGUCGAAGCGGCAACAGCAGAAGGGCACACUGCACUCCACCUGGCAGCUCGCAAUGGCCACUUAUCUACAGUGAAGCUCCUAACUGAGGAAGGUGCCAAUGUCCUGGCUAGGGGCCCUUUGAACAGGACGGCGCUCCACCUUGCUGCUGAAAAUGGACACGACGAAGUUGUACAAGAACUGGUCAACUCAGAAAAUAUAAAUGACCCCGACGGGGAGGGACUGAUGGCUUUACAUCUUGCAGCAAAAGGUGGACACACACAUGCGGUUGAGGUUCUCUUAAAGCAUGGCGCCCUCACCAGUGCACAAAGCCUUGCAUUUCAGACCCCAUUGCAGCUGGCUAAGCAGAGUGGGAACAGUGCCGUUAUCAUGCUUCUCACUGAGACAUAAGCAAACAGGUGCUGCUGGCUGAAGUUUAAUCUUUCCAGUGAGACUGUGGAAGCCUACCUUUGGGCAGGGUCCUGCCAAACUGCUACUGUGGGACAUAUCUCUGCUUACCUUUUGUGGGCGAAUCUGAAUUCAAACCACAUGGAAGCUACCUGAUAAUGUAGCAGUGCAGUCAAAUGAACUGAGUCACUAAGCGAGCAGGAACCAGCAAAAUCAUGGUGGGCGCAGUCUGCUACUUUUUUAUAAUGCUGAGCUGGGCAAGACAUGUAACGAUAUCGUACUUCAGCAAAGAAGGGCAUGUCUUACUCUGAGGUGUGAGGAACAUCUUUAAAUAAGGUUAAGCAGAUGCUUGUCUCUGUUUUUAAAAUGUAGAGUCCAUUAUCUAAUAUUUCAAUUUUUAUAGUCAUACCAUUGAUAGGAGGGCAUAAUGUCACUCUAGAAGAUUUUUGAAAUAGUUUGUUUGCAUAUUUUAAUUAUGCAAAAGUUAAUCUGAAAAUUGGCAUUGAUGCAUGAAACGUAGUCUUAAUCUGUUCUUGAAAUAUCUUAAAGUAUCUUAAAGCACAAGAUAUGAUGGGGCAAGUAAGAUAGAAUUUUGAUUCCUUGCAUUUUGGGGUUCUCAGAUGGUCACAGUUUUUCCAUGGUCGUCAUUGGCUAGUGCUUGCAAUAAGAACUGUAAGUACCUUAAUUCUAACGAAGGGGGUGUUGCAUAGAAAUUGAUUCCUGAAAUACUGGCACUAGCUUGUGUCUGUAUAGGGCAUAUAUUGGGGGUGAGCGUUAUUAACACUGGAAACCAGGGCCAGAAGGCAACUUGGAGCUCACAAAAGCAGGUAGAGGGCCCUGCGUGACACUCUCUCCCUCUUAAUGGUCCUUGGUGGUUGUGCUGUUUUAAUCGUUUUUCAUAGAGGUCCUCAGACCUCUACCGAUGGUCCUGAAACAUUAAGCAACUUAAGACCCAGAUGAAAAACUUCAUCUUGUGCCCCCAGGUGCAUCUCCGGUGCAUAUGGACGGGAUCACUGAAUGUUACUGUGAAUGGAAUGAAAUGUAAGGAGGGGGGUCAAGUGGUUGAAUAUAUGAAGCUCCUUAUACUUAAUCAAUUGGUCUAUGAAGUCAGUAAGUCUACCCUUGACUGGCAACAGCUCUCCAAGGUUUCAGGCAGAGAUCUUCCACGGUACCUAAAACCUGAUCUUCCUGACUGGAGAUGGUGCAGAUUGAAUCUGGGACUGUCUGCAUGCAAACUGGAUGCUCUCCCACUGAGCCAUGGACCCGUCCCAUGAGGAAAACACUUAAGUGUCAAAAAACUAUAAUAGACGAAAAACAAGAGCAGAUUUACAUGGUGUAGAUUACAGAACCACAUGUACAGUAUACUGAAUGAAUUAGCUGAAUUGACAGGCUAUUAUAAAAUAUACUGUGUAUAUAGUAUUUCAGUCCAUUUUAUGUGGUUUUUCUACUACAGAAAAUUGAGGCUGUUUAGAUUUGGGUAUGUUUUAAUACACCAUUUUAAUGUUCGCUUUCAGAGUUUGAAUGUGAUUUGUUUUAUCAGGUGUUUAUCAAUAAAAGAGUUUGUUCUA